AUGGAACAUUUGGAGCAUCUGUCGGAAUUGUUGGAUCGAUUUUGGGAGGCAGGCUUGGUAAUAAACCUGGCUAAGAUUGAGUUCGCAAAAGCUCAAGUUAUGUCCCUGUGCCAUGUUAUUGCACAUGGACACAUGGCCCCGUGGGAUGUGAAAACAAAGGUUAUUGGGGGGUUUCCCAUACCAUUGACCAAGAGGGCAGUACUACGAUUCCUGGGAUUGAGUGUUUUCUAUCAGACAUUUGUACCAAAUUUUAGCACUGUGGUUACUCUACUGACUGACUUAUUGAAGAAUUGCAGAAAAUUUCAGCGAAUGGCAGCAUUUGGCAGCCUGAAAGCUGUGUUAACCACUGUCCCAGUGUUAGCAACACCUAAUUAUACAAAGCCAUUCAAGGUGGCUUUAGAUGUGAGUGACGUGGGUGACAGUGCUGUACUGUUGCAAGGUGAUGAGAAGAUAAAAAGACCUAUUCGACAGGUGUUCCCUCAGGGCCUGCCACAGGAUUUCACCUUUCUUGCAACGAUGCUGCUGAAAAAGAAGAAAGUGAAGGAGAAUUGGUACAUGAUCAAAAUCACUGAUCAGCAGGGCCUGACUCAGUUUUCCAUUCGAAUCGACGGAAGGGACAAAGCGGUGGAGUACAAGGCGAAAGGUCACUUCCAGGACUAUGUGCGCUGGGUGUUCAGCAGUGAAGGAGUGGCUGCUCUGUUUGAUCUUCGGUGGCACAAACUGGUGGUCAGUGUGCAGGCAAACGUGGCCUCCCUCUAUAUUGACUGUCGUCUGAUCGAGAUCAAAUCGGUGGAACAGAGAGCUGACAUCAACACUGAGGGUCAGACUGUCAUGAGCAGGAUCGCUGAGGACAACAAGCCAGCUGAAGUUGACCUACAACAGAUGAUCCUGUUCUGUGAUCCUCUCGUGGCAGAGAAGCUGACCUGUUGUGAGAUCCCAGGAGUCAAAUGUGCAACAGAGUCACUCGUUCUGAAGAGCCGGAGGAAUGCUGAAGUGAAGACAACGAAGAAUUUGAGUGUACCUCUACCUCAGAUGAGUGGGAAGGUCCACACUAAGUGCUUCUGUGUUGAUGAGGACACAAAGUCAAAGGUUGGUAAAACUGGACAAGAAGGGGAGAACAAUGAAGAGUGUAAGUCCUGCAUCCAAAGGGAACCUGGACAGAAUGAAGCCAGUGGAAUUGCCAAGCAGAAGCAUGAAGGCUGCAUUGUGUGUCCACAAGGGCAGAAAGGAGAGAAGGGGGAGCCGGGAAGCCUAGAAGGAGCCAUGGGGCCAAGGCCCAUGAAGUCAGAGAAAGGUCAAAAGGGUGAACCAGGAACGAAGGGAUCGGUUGGCCUGCCCGGAAGAGAUGGAAAGCCGGGAGAGUUGUGCGUGUCUGGACCAAAAGGUGCAAAGGGAGAUCCCGGACCAGUUGGACCGGAGGGAUUGGCUGGUGAGCCAGGAUCCCCAGGACCUCCAGGACCCCCGGGGAUAGGAAUACCAGGAAAGCCGGGAAAACCUGGUGGCCCACCCGGAUCGAAAGGAGAAGCAGGAAGUGAUGGGGAUCCUGGUCCGGAAGGCAUCCCAGGAAAACCUGGUAAACCUGGAUUACCAGGGCCAAAGGGAGAAAAAGGCGAUCAAUGUGGGGUUUGUCCGACACAUCUGAAGGGACAUGGAGGUACCAAAUUUACAGGAGGCCACAGUCAAGGAGCAGAACCUGGAGUGCCUGGAAAACUGGGCAUGUCUGGACCUCCGGGAACACCGGGUGAGAAGGGAGAUACAGGAGAUCCUGGUCUGAAGGGAGAGAAGGGCGACUCAUGCAAGAUCUGUCCACAGCUCACUGAUGAGCUCAGAAACAUUGUGGGAAUUCCCGGACCACCUGGCGCUAAAGGUGACACAGGACCCCCAGGAGUUCAAGAACCCGGACCACCUGGCCAGCCCGGAGCACCAGGUCCACGUGGCUUCAAGGGAGAAAAGGGUAACAUCGGGAAACCAGGAGCCACUGGGAAAACCGGGAAACGAGGUAAUCAGGGGAUCCCAGGGAAUGAAGGAGAAAAGGGCAACAAGGGUGAUCAGGGAGAUCGAGGGAUCACAGGAGCUCCAGGACCCAAAGGAGAGAAGGGCGAUGGAUGUGGGCUCUGCCCAACUGCUCAAGUGGCUCACCUUAAAGUAAGCGCCCCAGAUGAUGGAAACGGGAGUCAGUUCGAAAAACAACCUGCACACCUUAUCCAGCCUGGAAUCAAGGGUGAUCCAGGACCAAAGGGUGACAGAGGAGAGCCGGGUGAGAAAGGAAUUCCGGGUAUUCCUGGGAUCCCAGGGACACUGGGCCGUCAUGGGCUGAAAGGGGAAAAGGGGGAUCAGUGUGACGUUUGCCCCACCAUUCCAGAAGACUUCAAAGAUGUAAUCGGACUUCCGGGGAAACCAGGCCCUCCAGGAGACCCUGGACCACCGGGGACAGGAGAGCCUGGAAUACAUGGCGAACCAGGACUGCAGGGAUUAACGGGAUCUCCUGGAAUGAAGGGUGAAAAGGGCCAGGCAGGUACCCCAGGGAGAGGAUUGCCCGGAGUGCCGGGAAAGGAUGGCAUGAUGGGAAAGCCAGGAAAUCCGGGUGCAGCAGGGAUUCCAGGAUUACCAGGAGCUGUUGGCCCAAAAGGUAACAAGGGACAAGCUGGAGAACAUGGGAUCCCAGGUCACCCAGGAGCCCCUGGUGUGGGGCUACCUGGGACGCGGGGAAAACAGGGAGAAACCGGAGAUACUGGGUUACCAGGGAGACGAGGCCUGCCAGGUGUGCCAGGAACUAAAGGUGAAAAGGGAGCAGCUGCUGAACAGUGCAUCUGUAUGAAUGGACAGCCAAUCCCAGGAGGAGAUGGGCGAUAUCCUGGAGAUUCUGUGAGUGUCUACAAAUUAACAAGGAGUUGUAUAGAGCGUACAUGA